UCAGGCAGCAGCAGCGCCAGCCCGGAGCGCAGCGGACUCGUCCCGCAGCAGACCAUCCUCUGCUGGGUCCGAUCCUCCGAGAGACUGGGGGGUUGUUUUGAUUCAGGUUGACGGAAUUAGUUUUCUCCACUCGCGGUUUUUUUUAUUUUGUAUUCCCCGUUUUGUCGCGUUGAAAUCCAGCAUGUUCGCUUGGCUCUGUGAGCUCUCACCCCCCCGGAGGUUCCACACUUUCAGCGGCGGAGACACAAACUUGUUGUAGCCGAGCUGAGGAGCAACUUUUCCAGCUGCCGCAGUAGUCAACGGGCUGUCCGAUGCUAAGCUAACCCACUAGCCACAAGUCUGGAGUUUUCUUCAGUUAAAAGUUUACAGACGAUUAAGCGAACUUCCCACCUUCGGGAUUCGCUUAUCAGACGAGGUUUCCGGGGAGCUUUGACGGAGUGAGCUGCCCCCUCGGAGGCUCACUUUUCCUGGGUCAGUGCGGUGCAGGUGCACCUCCUGCGGCACCUGCGAUAACAGUAACUUAGCCCCAUCCGCGGAGAGCUAACUUUAGCCUGUUUCGCGUUAGCCUGACGCACAUGAACACUUUGUUGUUAAACUCUGUUUCUCUCGUCGCUGACACAUUUUGAGUUUGAAGACGUCGUGUGGCGAGUUCCAGUGUUUUAUGACCGUUCAGCCGCAGGUGGUGACAUUAGCUGAAAACUCCCCCGGCUAACCGUAGCCAGCAGCCCCGCUAGCUAGGGAUUGACCCGCACACUUGUACCGGAGUGGCGACGUGGAUGCAGGCUUGUAGACGCGGUCUCCCACAGGACUUUGGACACGGUGCGACUCUGCCGCGGGCUGCGCCGGGACUUCCCCUCUCCUCUCAGCCUCGUACAUGUGACAACAUGCGGAUUUCAAGAAGUUACCUCUUAACCUUUUAAAGUUUUCAGUUUCAUUUUUUUUUUGUUCUAAAAGCUCUGCACCCUAUGGUGCCGCUACGGCCACCGAGAAAUGGAUGUCUCGCAGGCCGCUUUCCCAAACGGUGAAGGGCGGCCGGGCGGCGGCGAGGAGACCGGGGAGCAUGCCUGGACAGAUUCCCCCACAGUCCGGGCGUGGGCUCACUCUGCCCCGCUCUGCUCGACCCGGUCCCUGUGGACGGCCGCGUACGACUACGAGGGAAGCGGCGAGGACGAGCUCAGCCUCCGGCGAGGGGACGUGGUGGAGGUCCUGUCCAAGGAUGCAGCGAUCUCCGGGGACGAGGGGUGGUGGACGGGUAAAAUCAACCACCGGGUCGGGAUCUUCCCCUCGAACUAUGUCACAUAUCAACCCGCUAUUUACCGUCUCCCUGGUACGGGUGGCUCGGAGGGGACGGAGGAGCAAGUCCCGAGCUCGCCCUUCCAGAUUCCAUUCAGUGAACUGGUACUAGAGGAGAUCAUUGGCGUGGGUGGAUUUGGCAAAGUUUACCGGGGCACAUGGAACGAUCAGGAGGUUGCCGUGAAGGCGGCUCGGCAAGACCCGGACGAGGACAUAACCGCCACCUCCUGCAGUGUUAAACAAGAGGCCAAGCUUUUCUCCAUGUUGCAGCAUCCCAACAUUAUCAAACUGGAGGGAGUGUGUCUGGAGGAGCCGAACCUGUGCCUGGUCAUGGAGUACGCCCGAGGCGGGACACUGAACCGGGUGCUGACCGGAAGGCGCAUCCCUCCACACAUCCUGGUCAACUGGGCCGUGCAGAUCGCACGCGGGAUGCACUAUCUCCACGAGGAGGCCGUGGUACCCAUAAUCCACCGUGACCUGAAGUCUAGCAACAUUUUAUUACUUGAAACUAUCGAGAAUGACGAUAUCGGGAGGAAGACCUUGAAGAUCACAGAUUUUGGUCUGGCCAGGGAGUGGCACAAAACCACAAAAAUGUCAGCUGCAGGCACCUACUCCUGGAUGGCCCCCGAGGUCAUCAAGUCUUCUCUGUUCUCCAAAGGCAGUGACGUCUGGGGCUAUGGAGUCUUGCUGUGGGAGCUGUUAACGGGGGAGGUACCGUACCGAGGGAUAGACGGCCUGGCUGUAGCUUACGGCGUGGCAGUCAACAAGUUAACUCUACCAAUCCCCUCCACCUGCCCCGAACCCUUCGCCAAGCUCAUGGAAGAGUGUUGGGACCAGGACCCCCAUGUACGUCCCUCCUUCUCCUGCAUCCUGGAGCAGCUGUCGGCCAUCGAGGAGGCGGUGAUGGCCACCAUGCCUCAGGACUCCUUUCACAGCAUGCAGGACGACUGGCGUGUGGAGAUCCAGGAGAUGUUCGAUGAGCUCAGGACCAAAGAAAAGGAGCUCCGUUCCCGGGAAGAGGAGCUGACGCGAGCUGCCCUCCAGCAGAAGUCUCAGGAGGAGCUGCUGAAGCGUCGGGAGCAGCAGCUGGCCGAGAGGGAGAUCAACGUGCUGGAGAGGGAGCUCAACAUCCUCAUAUUCCAGCUCAACAAAGACAAGCCCAACGUGAAGAAGAGGAAGGGCAAAUUCAAACGCUCCCGCCUCAAACUGAAGGAUGGGAACCGCAUCAGCCUGCCCUCAGACUUCCAGCAUAAGAUCACGGUGCAGGCGUCACCUUCUAUGGACAAGAGGCGGAGCCUUCAUAGCACCAGCUCCUCCCCUCCCAGCAGUCCCACGCUCAUCCCUCGGCUACGAGCCAUUCAGCUCACUCAGGAUGAGAGUAACCGUACAUGGGGCCGCAGCACCCUCUUCAGGCCAGAGGAGUUUGAUGACGUGAAGAAGGGAAUCAAGAAGAAAGGAAGAACCUGGGGCCCCAGUUCAAUACAGAGCAAAGAAAGGCCUGCUGCUGCUGAGAGAGUGCGUCCUCUGUCAGACGGCAGUAACCCCUGGUCCACCAGCCUGGUGAAGUCCCAGAAGUCAGUCCCUCUCGCUGCCCUGUUUGCAGAACAAGCAGGAGCCGGUAAAGACGAGGCCUUCACCCAGGAUAGUUCCGACAGCAGCUCCAAACCAAAGCAGCUCAAGUUCCCUAACCAGGUGUACAUCGAUCUACCUCUGUGGAGGGACGAGCAGCAGCCUCAGAGCCCCGGGGGCCAUUGUGGGCCUGGAGACAAUGGGGUCGGGGCAGCCGGUCAGAGCGGCCCUGCAGAAACCCCAGACGACCCCUAUACCACCACAUCCACCUCGUCUACUUCCACCACCCCACAGCUCACACCGACCAACAGUCUGAAGCGGACGUCAACUCGCCGCAAGACUGACUCUGUGUUGUACGGCUGCGGCUCGCUGCUGGCGUCAGUCGUGCUUGGCUAUGACAUCAGGGAGGCUCUCAAAAACUCGGCCCCUGGUGAGGAUUGUGAACCCCAACGCGAGGAGAAAGAGAAGAAGAAGAAGGAGGGCCUGUUUCAGCGUGCGACACGGUUCCGUCGCAGCACCUCACCGCCAAGCGGUCGCGUCCGCAAAGACGAGGUGACGCCAAACCACACCUGCACCCAACCUGUUAAUUUCAUCUCCAUGUCGGCCAUUAUGGAAUGCAACUCCACCAAGUGUCUCCUGCAGUCUGAGGUGGAUGUGUCGGAGGCGAGCCCUGGAAAAGUUGAGCUCGUGACCGUUAAUAAUCACACAGAGCCAUUAACAACCAGCCCAGCAGCUACAGACGGACAGACUGACAGGACUCCAGCUGAAACACAGACGCCAGUGCAAACCCAAAGUCCACCUCCAGAUCCGAACAACCAUAACACAGGGACACGGCUACGCAGAAAGAAAUACAACAACCACAACAGCAAUGGUCCACCCUCUCUGCCUCCUCCCACCCCACAGAAGAAGCAGGAGAAAGAGAAGGAGGGAGCUCCAGAGAAGCCCUCCGGCAGGGAGGUGUUCUCCAGGCAGCGACCUGUCUCUUUCCGGGCCAAACCCCACGCCUGGGCCCUGCUGCGAGGACGCAACAAGAGCUACUCCCUGGGCCACUACUCCGGAGAGAAGGCGGUAAAAAACCUAAACAUGGUGCUGUCGGCGGAGGUGGGGGUGGGCUGCUCCCUGCUGGACAUGGACACAGAGGGCCAGAAACGAGACUGCACCGUGCCGCUCUGCCGCAUUCAGAGUUCCCCGGCACGGCCCUCCGUCUUCGAGCUGGAGAAGGAGUUCCUCUCUUAGAAGAAGUGAUCUGCGGUGGUCGUAGUUCCAGAACAUGCAGAAUUUUUGGCCUUGAACUCCUGGAGGGUUUAGAACCAGGCUGCCUUUAAAAAAAACAAAAACAUUCUAUAACUUAGAACCAAGCUUUGUCUUAGGUCUAGAACAUAGUGAUGACAGUGUUCCAGAGCGCAACCAAGUCUUAGGCUGUGUCUCAAUUCAGGGGUCACAUCCUUUGGAGGAUAUCACUCUACACAGACCAUGCCCAGGCAAGGCUGAACGGAAAUGUCUGAUCUCUGGAGGAUUUCUUAUCUGCGUCCCCAGCUCCACUCGCUCUUAGCGUUGCAUCGUUAGCUACUUUGAGCUGCUGCAGUUCAGCCACCAGCUUGUUAGCUUCAUUAGCUCAGCUGGCCCGAGAGGGAUCCACCUGUUUGCUCCUUCGUUGCUCAGGAGUUGAAGGACUCAUCUGUCGAAAUGGGACAACCUAAGUCGUUCCGCUGUGAUUCGAUAGAUCUUCAAAUGCGGCCCCUGAAUUAAGACACAGCUUGAGACAUCUAGAGGACAUCUGUGUCACAGGAGUUCUAGACUGUGCACCCUUAUCUCAGUGGGAGAAAGGCCUUACAAACCGCUGUGUCUCAUUCAACAUCACACACACACACACACACACACACACACACACACACACACACACACACACACACACACACACACACACACACACACACACACACACACACACACACACAUUUAGUGCUGAAACCUGAGCGGUACGUUCCAGAGCUGGAACAGCAGCUCGACUGCCACCUUCAUUAGCUCAUUUCUCUCUCCUCCUUCGUCUUCCUCUUCCUCUCUCGUUCUGUCGGUGCAGCUAAACGUUGACCGCAGCUGCAGCUUUUUUGCAACACAGUACCCUCACCUUUUUAUUUAUAUAUAUAUUUUUAUAGGUAAUUUAAUAUGAAAAGACUUGACCUUACCUUAGCAACCAGCAGGAUGUACAUUCCAUGUCAGUUUCAAAGUUGUGCGAUCACGCUUUUUAGAUACUGUUUUUUUUUUUUUGGGACUUGAGAAUAUUGCAUGCGUGUACCCUUAAAAUGUUGAACAAAAAAAAUAAUUAUGCCUUGUUUGUAAAUAUUUCUUUUUAUCCAUUAUCAGCCUAAUGCUGACAGUUGUUUUGUAUUGAAUAUAUGCUGUUGUGUGAGUAACGUGCUGGAUCGUAGCAGGGAUGUUUCCUCCUCGAAGGUUUUAGAGAAGCAGGGAGGAAAAACACUGGAAGUCCUUCAAAGCCGAUUUGGAAUUUUUCCACUUAAAAGUUGGAUUAAAUUUUUAAAUGACAUGUUGUGGUCAUGUGUAGCUAAUAUUGACUUUUGUAAGAGUAUUUAUAGAAAGGUUUCUUUUGGUUAAUAUUUCAUAUACACACUUUGCAUCAGGGCGGCUGGCAGAGGCUAUGAUGACAUGUCAGCCAUGAAUGUUGAUGUCAGGAAAAAGCUGCGGCGAAUUACAGAAUUUAUAAUGUGAUCCCUGCAGUGACAGCUGAUUGGCUGGAGCUGCAGUGACACAGCAUGAUAUCCUCUUGAAGCUGUGGAUGGAUUAGCACAGAGCCCGGGAGUGCUCACACUGAAGACCAUGUUUACUUUGAAGCAGAACUCGGCAGAACUUGUACUGUAAACACAGUAAAAUGUGCCUUCAAGUACUGAAGAAUGUCUCAAUCUAAAAUUCACAUCCUCUUCUUUAUGAUCGUGUGAAAACAAUAUUGUAAUUUAUGCAAACAAGUCGUUAAAUUUAACUUCAUCACUCAGCAUUUAUGAUGAUGCCCCCAUCGCCGUUAUUCGUUAAUCACACCGUGAACGUUUACCUGGUUUGACAUAAGUCAGGUUUUUGCCUUUUAUUUCUGUUUCUACUUGUUUUAUGUAACAUUAGAGAAACAGUGUCCCAGUGUAAGUAAAUGUAUUAUUUUAGUCAAGCUCAGGAAAGUCUGGAGAUGGAUUUAAAGGAUGAGAUUUCAGAAUUCAGUUGAGGACAUUUAAACUUUUCAUUAUCGUACUGUAUCGUACUUAGAGCCUGUUUGUUUGGCUCAUCAGAAGUUGUUUUUCCAGACCUCGGUGAAUUUGAUGAUAUGACGUUCUUACUAUGCAGAAUAUUUACUGUACCUUCUUCCAUGGUCACUCCCGGGCUCUCUCUCUUUUAAAAGUUUGAACAAAUGAACCCAUCCUUAAAUGGGUGACGAUUCUACCCCCCCUCAGCUUUUUAUCUCUGCCUCACUCGUCUGUUAAGAAAACGUGUUCUACCUUUUGAAGGAACAAAACAAGGGCUCAUUAACAUGAAGACAUGAAUUCCUGAAUGGUGUAAAUAUAAAUGUGAUUCCUGAUGUGUGUGUGUAUAUCACUGUGGCAUCUUAUGAUGAUGUAGAAUGUGAAGUUUCUGUACUUUGUGACAACAGACUUUAAAAACCAGGUCCAUCACUGUAAAGGCCUUACGAAUAAUCAGGUGCAGUUUACAAGUCGAGAUAUCUGGAUUUUACCCGCUUAUCUUUUUAAAGAACGAAGGGUAUCUGUAAAAACCAUAAUGCACUGGUACUGUACAUUCCCCUUUUGAAAUACUGUGUUUCACUCUGGAGCUGAAGUCUGCGGUUUGUCGUCCAGUCGGAAACUCUGGUCGGCUGGUGGCGAACAAACAGGGUUUUGUCUGUUACAGUCAAAAAUCAACUUGACGAACCCAAACAAGAAAACAUUCCACUGCUGUUGGCAAACUGCAGCGAUAUUAUCUGUGAAAGCAGAAAUCCAUACGGUGCAUUCAGGGUUUCUGGCUACGGGACCAAAUUCCACUGUUCCAGCGCUGAGGCCUCUGUCUUCAGGACCAAAACCACUAAAUGAACUAGCUGCUAGUGCGGAGUUCUUGCAAAGAAAAGUUCUCCGCAUGAAAACGUCACACUCGACCUCAGAGGUGCAGUUACAGAGCUUCUGCUGCAAAGACCCAUCAUCACCGUCUGAUCAAAUCAUGUGACUUCCUGUUAAAAUGCAACACUUCCUGUCAAGUCGCCGAACGCGUGUUUCGGUGAACCAUUCUUAUCACUACAGUAUUGGCUGUUUCAUGCCUGAUUGAUCAAGAGUAUCAAGUUUGUCAACAUUUUGAAUAAAGUCUAAAUCAAUGCUA